GGGAGAUUGGUUUGAGUAGGGCGAACGAAUAUUCCAAUUGAAGAUCCCACCUCUCUGUCACGGUAACGGUGACGGUGACGGUGUCGGGAAUCAGAUCGUGAUCUUCAACUCCAUUGUUUAAAUACCCUUUUACAAACUCCUUUCUUCCUCAUCAACUCUAUACAUUAACCCCCCAUUCAUUCUCCUCCCUCCUUUUCCUUUAAUCUCCCUUACAAUGGCUUGCAAGACGGCGGUGCAGUUCUCCGACGUGCCACUUCUCGAUCAGGUCAAUGACAACGCCGCCUCGUUGUCCCUUUACGCCACCCGUCUCCCCACCGGAUUGGAUGUGAGUAAUAACCGGAAAAGUUUGCCGAAAUUCAUGGUGGUUGGUCAUAGAGGUCAUGGCAUGAACGUCUUGCUUUCGACUGAUAAGAGAAUGAAUGCUUUUAAAGAGAAUUCGAUUCUUUCGUUCAAUAACGCUGCAAAUCAUCCUCUUGAUUUCAUCGAAUUCGACGUUCAGGUGACAAAAGACGACAUACCAAUCAUUUUCCACGACAAUUUCAUCCUCUCUGAAGAGAAUGGUAUCGUAGUUGAGAAGAGGGUCACUGAUUUGACAGUUGAUGAGUUCUUUAGCUAUGGUCCUCAAAGAAUUGCAGGUGUCGUGGGUAAAACUUUGCUUAGAGAAUCCCAUGGACAGAUAGUCGGGUGGAAUGUUGAAACCGAUGAUCAUUCUUGCACUUUACAAGAAGCUUUCGAAAAAGUGGUAUACGAAUACGCGCAAGAAAGACCUGUAAUGUUCUCAAGCUUCCAACCCGAUGUGGCCUUGAUCAUGAAGAAACUUCAAACUAAAUACCCAGUUUACUUCUUGACAAACGGAGGAACCGAGAUAUUCGAUGAUGUUCGAAUGAAUUCGUUGGAAGAAGCCAAGAAGCUUGCAAUCAAUGGUGGAUUGGAUGGAAUCGUUUCCGAAGUAAAGGGUAUUUUCAGAAAUCCUUCGGUCGUAAGAGAAAUCAAAGAAUCAAAUCUUUCUCUCUUGACUUACGGAAAAUUGAAUAAUGUUCCUGAAGCUGUUCAUGUUCAAUAUCUAAUGGGCGUUGAGGGUGUGAUUGUCGAUUUAGUUCAAGAAAUCACAACUUCGGUUGCAAAUAUAAAGGCGACAAAAGCAUACAGCGAGAGCGAAAAGAAGAAGAAGCUGCUAAUCGAAGGGGAGGAAGGCGAAUUACAGGUGACGGAGAUCACCGACAAGAUUGAAUUGGCAUUCUUAUUAAACUUGAUUUCACAAGUGAUUCAACAUUGAGAUUUGAAAGACAAUUUGACAGUAUGUAGAUUUGGGUCGGGUUAAUUGGGUAGUCCAUUUAUAAUUUUAGCUUUUGCCCUAGUCUUUAUUUUUUUCUUUGUUUUUUUGUUGAUAAUCUUUAAUGGAUAAGGGGCAAGGCUAUAAUAGGGAAUUGAGUUUUUAUGAUGGCGAUGGUGUUGGGUUCAUGUAUGAUUCUCUUGGAUCUUCAAUUGGGGGUUCGGGAGGAUACCACCACGAUCAUUAAAAAUAUGGGUCGGGUCGUUCACACAAAUUGUGUCCCUAAAAAGAAAUUCAAGAUUAUGUACACUGAUUAUUAAUAUCAAUGCUUGAAUUGCACAUUAUUUGACUAUCUGAAUUUUUUUUAUUGUUUUGAUUUAUGUAUUACUUCUAGAAUAAGUGUGAUUGCGAUGUUACAUGUGGAAUGAUUUCUCAAACAAAUGAGUUGAGAUCCAAUAGGGGUUUGGAUAAAGAUAUAGAAUCAUAGAGAUGGAUUAUGUGAAUGUCCAAUUAUGAG